UUGGUGAGCAGGACAACGCAUUUUGGCCCUGGACUCACCGCGUCACAUUACUCAUAAUGUCCAACGAAGAAAAGGAAGUGACCAGUAGUGAUGAUAAGUCUAACAGUAAGGAGUGUGAAAGUAGCAAGACUCCAGCAGAUAGUUCUUGUGAAGCUGCCAGCCCAACUGAUGGUGUGGUCACAGACAACCAGCCACAAAGUUCAGAAGAAGCAGUACAUCCUGACACCAAUGAGGUCAAACCAGAUACUCAGUCAGAAGCACUACCAUCGGGGGAAGCGGUAAGCUUUAAAUUGGUCUACAAUAAGACGAAGUAUGAUAUAGAAUUUCCUUUAGAUGGCACAAUCAAGCAAUUGAAGGAGCAUCUCAGUUCUAUAAUCAAUGUAUUACCAGCGAUGCAGAAAGUGAUGAUCAAGGGACUGGCAAAAGAUGAGAAGACUCUGAGGGAAUUGGGAGUGACAAAAGGUGCUAAGGUGAUGGUAGUGGGGUCCAAGUUAGAUGAUGUUGUUAAUGUCAACACCCCAAAGUCAGAUAGCUCAUCGUCAGAGAAGCCCAGCACAACCACCUCCACAAAGGAACCUCUCAGUAAACAAAAACUUCAUCGUAAGAUCCUUGACAAAGGACUGCCAGAUGAUGUCAUGCCAGGCAUUAAGAACAGUAAGGAUGUCCUGCCAUCAUAUCCUCUGUCGGGGAUGGUAAACAAACAUGGUGGGAAAGUUCGACUCACGUUUAAGCUAGAGCUGGAUCAGAUAUGGAUUGGUACUAAGGAACGCACUGAAAAGAUCAACAUGAACCACAUCCGGCAAGUUGUCUCAGAAGCAAUAGAAGGUUAUGAGCAGUAUCACAUUAUGGGGCUGCAGUUAGGACCAACAGAAGCCUCUCGCUACUGGAUCUACUGGGUGCCUGCGCAGUACGUCGACGCCAUCAGAGACACAGUUCUCGGCAAGUGAUUAAGGUCAUGUUAUAUGAAUGCAUCUUGGUAUCAAGGAAGGGGAAGCUGAAAUUAUUAAAAUUCUAUUGGAUAUAAAGUUUGCCAAAAAAGUUUCUAUUGGUAAAGAUAACUAUUGGCCAAUGAUACACUUUGUGAUUAAAACGAAACAAAUGGUGCAAGUAUAAGAAAUGGAGGUAAAGUGCCAGGAAGAUGUGAAAAUUCUAUGAUGUAUUAUAAAUUUUCUUUGAGAUAAAAUAUUCAUCAGUAAAGACUUAAAUUUGGUGUUGUUGGAGAAAGUUUAAGCUAAAGAUUUAUUAUUUUUUCAUUGUUAAUAUGUUUUGUUAAAUAUUAAAGAUGUUUUAUAUGUAAAUACAGUACGUACUGUAUAGUGAAAUUCUGGGAGAUGUUUGUGAGUACUGUAAAACUUAAGGAAAUUACUAAAAUGGAAAGGAAGCAUGAACUUAGACCUGCCAGAGGGUAGUAUUUGUUGAUGUAGUUUUCUUGUGGGACACUUUGACAAAAUGGUUAAGUAAAUUGAUAAAAGGAAUAAAUAAAUUAACAUACCACUUGUUCAGAAAAUUGAUGAAAUGGUUUAGCAAAUUGAUAAAAAGGGCAAGAAUGUUUAUGAAAGGGUACGUACAGGGUAUUUGUAUAACACCCUGGGACGCGUAAAAGGAAGAAUAUGGAUUUUUAUAAAUACAUCAAGACAACUUGGGAAGAAAUAAUAUAAACAAGAGACUGGUGUUACAGUUACGCAAGUAUUAAUGAUAAUGGGACUACAGGUUUAUUAAUAUGAAUUCUUUUUUUUUUUUUUUUUUACUUACUUACUUACUGGAUGCAAAUAAAUUUAUUCUUUAUGCAAGGUGAAGGAUGAUGCCUUAGAUAAAUUAUACAUGUAUAUACAAAAUGUUGUGAGAUAAGAGUAAUGUCGGCUCAUGAAGAACCUCCAUCAUACACAUACUCCCCCCCCCCUUUAUAUUUAUAUGUAAUCUUUAAUUAUUCCCUUUGUCUCCUCUACUUAACUUGUUCACUCAGACACAAGUAAUAAUUUGUGUAUUUAACAUGUUAAAUCAGCAUGAAAUUUAGAAAAAAAAAAAAGUGUAAAGCAAACAUAAAUGAUACUGUUUUGGUUACAAUUUACAAAACUUUCAUUGAGAAUACAGUACAUACUUCACUUUAACAAGUUUCACAUUAACGAUUCAUCGCAAUAACGACAGUAAUGAGACACCUCGACACAUUAACGAUACAUUUCAACACAAUAACGAUCAGUCAUGCAAAUUGAUAGUCACUCUGGGCGGCCAUCUUGAUGACGUCAGCAAGCGGGGUGGUUUGUUUUGAUCGGAGCGUGUGAACAGGUGUGGUGUAGCCCACCAACUUAUCUGUGAGUCGACAUUCAAGAGGGAGAUGACGGCAUUGUUGAUGAUAAUGUUCAAGAUUUUCCUGUGUGUGCGAUUGUUAGAUGAUUUACCACUCGACUUUACUGGCUUUGAGACUGAAGGAUCAGUUGGUGGUGGUGCUGAGGAAGCAGUGAGUGUGGGGGCAGGGGGCACUAACACCACUCCCCUGCCUCGGAUGACAACAGUCUCAUUAAGCUGUUCAGUGAGUGUCUCUUUAGACAUUACUGAAAUUAUUAUCAGUUAUUAACUCUACAUGCAGUAUUAAUGUGUGUAAAUAAGUGGUUGUAAUUUUUUGUGGGGCUGGUACCAGUUGACCCAUAUAGCAUGUAAACUAUCCUCACCACAUUAAAGAUUUUAACUUUAACGACCGUUUUCGUGGUACCAAUUAGUCGUUAAAAUGAAGUAUGGACUGUACACCCAAAUGCUCAUAUUUUUAUAAAAGUUAUAAAAUAAUGUAAUGUUUGUUGAGAGUCCCCCCAUAAUCUUACCACAUGGGGUGAAUGAAGCUUAACACCUACAGCUCAGAAUAAGCCUUGUUUUGUAAAUCCAUUAACAUAUAUAAGAUCAAACACUGUUUAAGCAUAACAUGGAAAAAAUCUGUGGGAGAAGCUUGUCUUAAUGCAACAAUUGUAAUCUCCUGUUUAUGCCUCUUGUCAUGGCAUAUGGAACUUACAACUUCAUAGCUUCUUGUGGCCAACGGAUUUUUUUUUUAAAUCUUUACUGAAUAUUUGGCGAGAUGAUACAGCAACUAUGCAGUAAAUAUUAAGAGAAUGGAUAUGAAGAAGAUUGUCAUCCAGAAGCAGAAAACUUUUGGCUAUAAACAUAGAUUGGUAAAGUAAAUGUCAAGAAGGGUAGCUGUUAUAAUCGUGAUGGGCAGUUUGAAAUAACAGCUGUGUCCUAUGGUUUGUGUUCAAAGAAUUACUCCUAUUUUUGCACCUUUAUAUACCUAAUUGUCUGCACCCUGACAAAUAGUAUUACAAUGUGAAUGCAGCUAAUAGACCAGAUUAAUAGUGAUACUGUAUUUGGAAAUUGAACAACAAUGCUGUUCAUUAUAAUUGUAUGCAUCUGAAAAAAUUUAUGGAAUUAUGAAGAAAAAUAUAACAUAAAAUGUUCAGCAGCAUUUCCUUCAAUUUACAUAUUUCUGUUUUUGGCUUGGCAAAGUUGUAAAAGAUUUAACACGUGUCAUUAAAAAUAUUUAGGUCAUGUAUUUAAAGAAAACUAGGAGUUUAUUGUACCGAGACUGAUCCUAUUUCCUGUGACUCAUUAUUUUGUGGCACAUGUAGAAUCUUGUGCACUUUGUUUUUCUUAUUUGUUUGUAACAAUAACAGUAGAACAAGAACUUUACUGGAUAACAUAGUGUCCUGAGAGUCAAUUGUUAUGUUGGCUAUAAGGUUCUAAGUCUCAUGUUUUGCUCAAAGUAACAUAAUUGGAGAGGUAGUUUUGUGGCAUUUAAAUAUACAUACUUGUUUCAUCAUAUCAUAUUUAAUGUCUCAUUCUCUCAACCAAGGAAAGUUAACAAUGUUGAGUUGAUUAACUGUGAACUAUUUUUUCAUACAGUACAUCCACCGACUUGGAACUGGUAUAUGAAACCCUUUUUAAACAUUGGUUUCAUGUGUAUUAAAUUUAUAUUAGUUCACUUCUUAACUGUUAUUUUGUCUAUAAUUUGCAUGUAAAUACCUUUAUGUGCAGUUUAUUAUGUUGUGUUGCUACUUUCAGAUAAUGGGGAAGGUUUUAGCGGUAAUUGUUAAGAUUAUUUGUACAAUAAAGAGAUUUAAUAACCA